GACCGUUUUUUUUUUUUGAAAAUGGCGACAAGCAGUAAAAUAUUGACGUUUGCUGGUGUGUUCUGCCCGUUCUUAAUACCCAUUCUUUAGAAAAAAAGGUUUUCUGUUUUUUUUCCCAGUCGAGUUUUUAUAUCUCUUUUAACUUGAUUUCAAAACCAGUGGACCAGCGGGCAGGAAGAGCGAGGGAAAAAAGGAGAGAGUUUUCAGUCUCGUGAGAGUGGCCAGUAUACCAGGUUGUUGUGUUGUGUGUGUGUGUGUGAGUGUGUGUCUGCUGUGUACGUCGGCAAGAAUCUUACAGGAUGGCAGUUAUUCCGUGAUCGGAAACGAUAGUGGACAGUCUCUCUCCCAACUUGCUCUCAGUGCUUGAAAUCGAUACUUGGCUAUAUUACCAUGAACUACUGUGUUUCACCUCAUCGUUGAUGCAAGCUACCCAUGAGUCAAGAUGAGCGAAGGAAAACGAGUGUUGAUCGUGCUGCCCGACGAGCGUCGCCUGGAACUGCUGGUUCAGCCCAACUUGCUCUCGUCGGAUUUACUCGACUUGGUCACGUCUCAAGUGGCCCUCAAAGAAAAGGAAUUCUUCGGACUGGCUUACUUCGAUGAAACUGGACACUACAGCUGGCUUCAAUACGACCGGAGGGUGCUGGACCACGAGUUCCCGAAGAAAAAUGCGCUUCCGUUGUCCGUCCACCAUCACCUGCAGCAGUUACAGCCCAACAAUAAUCACGGCAAUAAAUGCGCCCUCGUUCUCUACUUCCUCAUCAAGUUCUACGUGGAGAGCAUCAGCCUCUUGAGGGAUAGCCAUACGGUGGAACAUUUCUACCUCCAGCUGCGCUCGAUGGUGUUCAAGGAUCAGUUUGAAGUCGGGAGCGAAUCCGUCUGCACAUUAGCUGCCUGGGCCCUUCAAGCAGCUCACGGAGAUUACGCCGACGAUUUAACGGCGAGAAAUCAUUUGAAGAAAUCGCCCAUUCUGCCCGCCAGCGCCUUGAAGGAACACCAGUCUCUCUCUGAAUGUGAGGAUCGGGUCAUCGAGAACUACAGGACUUUGGUGGGCCACAGCCGCGGUCAAGUCAUCGUCAAUUACCUGUCGAAAGUCGAGUCGCUUCCCAACUACGGCGUCCACUACUACAGCGUAACAGACAAGCGAAACACGCCCUGGUAUUUGGGAAUCAGUUACAAAGGCAUCGCCCAGUACGACUACUCGGAUCGGAGACAUCCCCGCAGGAUCUUUCAAUGGAAACAGUUGGAAAACUUAUACUUUCGCGACCGGAAGUUCUCCAUUGAAGUUCACGACCCCAAACGAGUGCAUGCCGUACAUAGCAGUUUGUAUGCGUGUCCCGAAUCACCCGAUCUGGUAGAGGAUGGUCUGACUGAGGCAUUUCCAGAAGAUUCGACGCAGGUAUCGGUGAACCGUCGACUGCAAGCUGGUACGAUUAGCGUCAUCGUGUGGUUCGGUCAAACCCAGGCGCUGACCAAGAACAUUUGGCACAUGGCCAUCUGCCAGCAUCAGUUCUACCUGGACCGUAGGAAUUCCAAGGCGCGACAGCUCAAGGCUCGAAAUCUCAACGACAUUGCCCUGGAUCUGUCCAAGUCGAGCACGAGCUUAUCGCUCUCGACGGCCAGUUCAAACUCGCAAUCUAAUCUCAGUCACUCUGGUAGUACGUUGAGCCUCAACGGGAAAAUGGGACAGACGCCGGAAGCGGAAGAAAGCGAGGCGGCGAGGGCGGCCCGCCUGGAAAUCGUUUCGGCUCUCAAAUCACGAAAAGCCGCAAUGGAGGAGAAACUCAAAGCCAAAAUAGAAGAGCUCAAGAAAUUAUGUCUGGAAGAAGGAGCGCUGAGCGGCACACUUCCGCCCGAAUAUCCUCUCAAUCCUGGCGAGGCAUUGCCAACCAUUCGCAGAAGGGUCGGCACCUCGUUCACCUUGCCAGAGAAUCUCCUCAACAAAGCAAAGUCUUCCAAGGAGGAAUCGCUGGCCGCCAUGGAGCUCGAAUAUGAGAUUCAACGCAAAAUAACUUCGGCCGCGCUGAGACUCGCCAAUGACGGUAGCCCGUCGAAAGCUGUGAAGCGUCAACGGAAAAUGAUUUACCAACAAAGCCUCCAGCAGCUCAAGGAUAUCGAAACGAAACUGCGUUCGUUGCGCCUGGCCGAGAUGUACAACAGCACGCAAGCCCAGCCUCAAGUCCCCGUGACCACCACCACCAGCCCGUGGAGCAAAGCCAAGAAGAAGCCCAGGCCGAAUGGCGGAUCGGAUGCCACGCUCGACGAGGAAGCUGGAUUCAUCCAGCAGACUGAAACGAGUUUGGACGGACAUGACCUCUAUUUAGACGACCAUGGCGUCAAUCUCUCGCCGGCUGUGACCCAACAGCAGCACGGAACUAACCACCACAAUCACCACCACCACCACCACCCAAUCACUGCCACCCCUAUGCGUCGAGAUCGCUCCCUAUCGCCCGCUAACGUGCCCGUCUCGAGCGCCGUUCCUAGUUCAGUUUUGCGAUCAGAGCAAAAGCCUCGAAGUGCUCCGGCUUCCCCGCAAAAGAAUCGUCAUACAAACAGUGCAAUGUAUCAACAACAGCAACAACAGCAGCAGCAGCAACAACAACAACAGUAUACCAAUGGAUACAGCAACCACCAUCAUCAUCAUCCACACCAUCCGCAUCCCGAGAUCCGCCGGGAACAAAGUGGAGGCUACACUCCCAACACUCCUAUGAUGCGAUCAUCCUACCGUACUAAACAAUACCCAACGCUUACUUCUAGCCAGACUACUCCGCCUUACGUCAUUCAAGACUUAUCCUGGGAUCCUCACCACCACAACGGAAUGGGUGGGAACCGUGUGGGCCCGCAAUUGAUUGGCAUCGACCCUUCCGCUGGUGGUGGGUUGUACAACAUUGCACGACAGAGAGCCAGCCACGAUUUCCCUACUCACGCAUCAAUGGACGAUCUGGAAGUCAUUGGACUGAGGAGGUUGACGGGAGCGUCGUCCGAUCACAGCGAUCACACGCCUCGCAGCCUCAUGACGUCGGCCCAACACUCUCCGGCCCAGGAUUCCAAUCCCAACACAUCUGCCGAUUUCGAGUGGGAUUUCGGCGAUGAAAAUGCGCCGGCCACUCGUCGACUGGAUCAGUUGGUUCAUCACAAGUUCGGCAGUUUGGAUCGGCGGAGGCGAAUGAUGAACGCCAGCAUGGACGCCGACGCCAAAAGUUGUUCCAAACCAGUGGUUUACGAAGGGUCGAGGAGUAUGGACGAGCUGGACGGUCCGUCGCCUUUGACCGUCGACGUGAUUGACGGUUCGUCGAUCGGCCCUCGCUUCGGCAGCCGUGGUAUGCGUAAAGCCAGCAGCAGCAGCAGCAACCAAAGCUCCAGUUACAAUGAACCCGAACUGACUCUAUUGCCCAAUCAGACGUAUCCGGAUUAUCCAGACUUUGGGGCUUCCAUCCGUGACCGCAGUGGUAGUUCCAGCCGCAUGGAGACGGUCUUUGACAUUGACAGUGCCGUGUACACGCGAAUGUCCAACAACUUAUCGGUGACGUCACUCCAUUCCAAUAAGAAAAAGGAAAAAGACUGGUAUGAAACUUCACUGGACUCACCGGUUCCUGGUCGCAAAUCGAAGAUGAACGGGACUUUAACGGAUAAGCCGCCAGCUUCGUUGCCGCCAGUCUCGACUUCUGCACCGACUCCAACGAUGGGCAACAACGGGACGAGCACUGUCCGAGCCCAGCCGGUGCGGUUAGCGGAACCUGGACACGAAGACAGUUUCGAUUUUGAGACAGUAGUGCCUUUCGAAUCGCCCAAAAACUUGGAGUUGAUUGCGCCCGGCAAAUUCGAGCCUUACAGAGAAGUGUCGAAGCCUUUUGAAACUUCGGAUAUUUACAAGUAUAGCGCCAAGUAUCGGCAACAGCAGACCAAAGGUCUGUAUCAGCCACUCACGCCGCUAGCCUGCCAACCCAUGAAUUCCGCACGUGGCGGAGGAGGAUCCCAUGCAGCUGAUACCAAUAGCCUCGGUGAAAAUCACUCGAACCCACCUGCCCCAGAGUUCCGUUCCAAACCGGCUACCUUAGUUUGAAAAUAAGUUCCCUUCGCUCUUUUGUAUAGGUAAUUAUAAUAAUAUUCUUAAGGAUUUGUACCUGAUGACCUGAUAUGUUUAUGUGUUUUUUUGGGGUUCAUUUGUCCCGCUCUUUUUCAUCAAAUUCCCGUUCCUGUCUCAAGGUUCUUAAAACAAAACAAAAAAAUUAUGAAGCGGUAAAAAUGUGUUUUGUUGUGUGUGCGAUUUUUUUUUUUUUAAUGGGUUACCGUUCGUGAGUUGAAGAAGGUGAAGAAAGACUUUUGAUACGGAAUUUAUAUCCGGCUGACAUGCUGUUCUUUUUAUUCGUCCUGCUUUGCAUAUUGUUUAACUUGGAAAUGUUUCUCAAACUGUGUAUGUGUCUUAUCUCUGUCUCGCGCCCAUGUAAAUAACUUAACCGGUUUAUGUCAAACGAUUACAAAACAGUUUGAUGCAAA